GCCCAUAAAUUCCAAGGCUAAUUUGCCAUUCCCCAAAUUUCACAGAGCCAUCUUAUAAAACUAUCCUUUUGGCCAUCGUAAGAGCUUAGGUAAUUAACCAGAGCAUUUUCGCCAGUCUAAAGUUCAUUCAGGGUAUCAAGAGGAUGAUACAAGCUUGGUCCUACCGGUCUUCAUUUAAUAGUGGAAGCUAGGAAUGACAGUGUAAGGCACCAAUCAAUGACCACCCCACCUACCACCAUAAACCCCCCUAUCAAGUAAGAGCCUGAACGCCGGCAGGGAAGAAACAAUGGAAACCAUCAAAUCCUUCAAAGGUUUGCCGAUGGACUCCAUCAAAUCCUUCAAAGGCUAUGGCAAGGUGAACGAGGCCGAGGACCGCCAGUUCUUCCGGAAAACGAGAAGGCGUCUCAUCAUCAUCGCAGCUUCUGUGGUCCUCCUCCUUGCAAUCGUAGGCAUCACGGUUGGUGUCAUGGUGGGCAAGCAUGGCGACGGCAACCCUUCUUCAUCGAUAACCUUCUCCGAUUCAUUAAAGGCUGUAUGCAGUGUGACAAGAUACCCAGACUCUUGCUACUCCAGUAUCUCUUCAGCGAAGGGUGCCAACUUAACCAAUGAUCCUGAGGAGCUCUUCAAGUUCUCCCUCGCCGUCGCGACCGAUGCGCUCUCGAAGAUCUCUGCCUUGGCCGACACUUUCACCAUCCCAUCAAAUGAUAAGAGGCUCGAGUUGGCGCUGAAAGACUGCAAGGAGUUGUUUGAUGAUGCCAUGGACCGGUUCAAUGACUCGCUCUCAUCAAUGCAGGCGGGGGAAGAAGAGAAGCUACUGACUCCGGCGAAGAUUGAUGACCUCAAGACAUGGCUCAGCGCGGCGGUCACCGACCAAGAGACUUGCUUGGAUGGGUUCGAGGGCACGACAGGUGACAUCAAGGUGAAGAUGGAGAAAGCCAUGGUGAGCUCCAUGCAGUUCACGAGUAACAGUUUGGCGAUUGUGGCUGGAAUCCUAGGUAUUCUCGAGAAGUUAAAUUUUCCAAUUCAUAGAAAGCUACUAGCAACCACUGCCAUUGAUCGCUAUCCUGUUUGGGUGACCACCGCACAGAGGAGAGCUCUUUUGCAAGAUUCAAUACAAUGGACACCAAAUGUGACGGUGGCUCAUGAUGGAACCGGGCAAGUGAAGACGAUCAGCGAGGCCAUAGAUUUAGUCCCUAAGAAGAACGCAAACCCAUUUGUCAUUCAUGUCAAGGAAGGUGUGUACGAAGAGAAUGUGGUGGUGGACAAGAGCAAAUGGAAUGUUAUGAUGUUUGGAGAUGGCAUGAACAAGACGAUCGUUGAUGGGAGCUUGAAUUUUAUUGAUGGGACACCCACUUUUUCUACAGCAACCUUUGUUGUGACUGGAAGGAGGUUCAUGGCAAAGGAUAUGGGCUUCAGGAACUCCGCCGGUCCGGAGAAACACCAAGCUGUUGCUCUCCGGGCCGGCUCCGACCGCUCCGUCUUCUACCGCUGCUACUUCGAUGGAUUCCAGGACACCCUCUACGCUCAUUCCCUCCGCCAGUUCUACCGCGAGUGCGACAUCGUAGGCACCAUCGAUUUCAUCUUUGGCGACGCAUCUGCCGUCUUUCAGAGCUGCAAGAUCAUGCCCAGGGAGCCAUUGCCCAACCAGAUGAACACCAUAACAGCCCAGGGCAAGAAGGAUCCCAAUGAGAACACCGGCAUAUCAAUUCAAGGAUGCACAGUUGCACCCUAUGACAAAGUGACGAGGCCCACGUACCUCGGCAGGCCAUGGAAGGACUACUCCACGGCGAUCGUCAUGCAGUCGGAGAUCGGAGCAGUGGUUGAUCCUGAUGGCUGGCUUCCAUGGGUGCCUGGCCAGGUGCCUCCGGAUACUAUAUCAUAUGCAGAGUACCUGAACACGGGGCCGGGAUCUAGUGUUGCAGGCCGGGUCUCAUGGCCUGGUUAUAAGCCAGAAGUCAGCGCAGAUGAAGCAAAGAAGUAUACGGUGGAAUCCUUUCUCAAGGGCAGUGAUUGGAUACCAGAGACUGGUGUGGAAUUCCAAUCCAAUUUGGGUCAGUGAUUGAAUGGCAGCACUGUUCGUGUAAUGGCAACUUCUUAUCCAAGAGUGAUAUAGAUAUAAAUGUAGCUUCUCAGAAAAAAAAGAAAAGAAAGAGCGGAUCAAGAUAUAAAUGUUCCAAUUAGAACUUAGCAUGCCUUUACAUGUUUCAUUGAGAGGGUGAAAAAUGUAGUGCUGUAUCCUUUUAUUGUAAUACAUACAUCUUGUUGGAAUUGUAUUGGAGAUUUGUCAUAGAGUGGCUUAUGUGA